AAAUACAAUUCAGUCAAACAAUCACUUCAUUUGAUCCCAAGAUAUGGCAAAACAGAUGAAACACCUGAAGACAUCACUCGAGACCACAGAUGACGGCAAUGAAGACAACAGACAACAGAUUUACGCGAAGAACUCAAUGGACAGAUUCGGUGAUGACUUGUAUACACUUCUUGUGUCUCAUCUCCAUAUCGAAGAUAUGUUUCAAUUGGAAUGUGUGUCCAAACAGUUCCAGAGGACUGUCUUCAGGAGUGUUGUGGACAUUGAUUUUGAUGAUCAAUUCAUUCAACGCCAAGACUUUCCAAUCUUCACAACAAUGAAUAAAAUCAUCAAAAAGUGUCGAAACAUUCAAACCAUUGAUUUUAUUGAUAUCGAAGAAAACAAUGAAUACUUUCUCGAAGUUUUGCCCGAAAUUCUUCACAAAUUCCCGAAUUUACGGCAAAUUUACUGCAAUUUGUCGUUGAAUAGCAACCGAUGGAUCGGACACUUGGCGCCACUCAUCACACGCAAUUGUCAGAAACAAUGGCCACGACUUCAAGUCCUGUCCAUUAGAUGUCAAUAUUUUAACGGCCAGUGUUUGGAUCACAUCUCAAGACUACCGGCGCUGCAAAAACUUGUCAUUUACCACAACUGGAAGAAUGAUCUCUCAGACGAUGAUUUCGAGGAUCUGUUGUCCAGAAGUAUUAAACUCAAGAAUAUAAAAAUCCAUGUAAACAAUGAGAAGAAGUUUUAUUGUAAGUAA